AUGGCCCCGGCCCACGGUACCGAUCGCGGCGCAGCGGAGCGGAGCGUGCUCGCCGGCUUCGGGGAGGAAGACGUCCAGGUGACGCGAGUGGAAACCGAGGAGAGGGCAGGUAACGCGGAGGCCGGCAUGGAAGUCCGCCUCGGCCCAUCCACCUCCUUUCACGAGGCCGGGAAAGACUUGACAAGACGAUUGACGCUAAACAAGAAGCAGGCGAUUGCCUUCUCCAUAAUAUGCCGCCACCUGGACUCGAUGCGGCAAGGAGACGGAGGCGACGUCAGCCAGCUCUGUCAGUUCGUCGGCGGCGAGGGCGGCACCGGCAAGUCGCGCGUCAUCGAAGCACUCGCGGAGCGGUUCGUCAACGGCCAGUCUCGGAUGGACUGGCAGGAUAAGGACAUGCUCGUCAUCGACGAGGUGAGCAUGCUCGGCGCGCGGACGCUGCACGCCGUCAACGAGCGGAUCUGCCAGCUGCGGGGAUCGCAGCGGGACUUCGGCGGGAUCCCCAUCGUCCUCUUCUGCGGGGACUUCCACCAGUUCCGCCCGGUCCAGGAGAGGUCGAUCCUGCUGCCGAGCGCGGCCGUCUCGUGGGACGAGGACAACUCGUUCAGGGCCGAGCAGCGCCACCAGCACGACAAGGCGCACGCGCUGUGGAGGCGGUUCACGACGGCCGUCAUGCUGGACGAGCAGAUGCGCGCCGCCGGCGACCCGGAGCUGCAGCGGCUGCUGAAGCGGAUCCGCGGGGGCGUGCAGGACCACACGGACCUGGAUCUCCUCAACUCGAGAAAUCGGUGGAACCUCAACAUGGAGGCGAGCCUGGCGUUCCAGAUCCAGCAGCGGUCGACGGUGCGCAUCUUCCUCUCCGAGCACAAGUGGAAGGACGGCCUGCCGACCGAGGAAGAGGCCAUCAUGAUGCUGAACCAGGGCGACGACAGCGCGAUCCCGGUGCCGGCCGUCUUCAUGUUCGUGCCGGGGAUGCCGGUCGUCGUGAACCACAACACCCACCAGGGGCUGAAGCUGGUGAACGGUGCUAGCUACACGGCGGUGGAGGUCAUCGUCGACAAGGCGCACCGGGGCAUCGGAUCUCGGCCGACAUGA